AUGCAUGAGAGACAGCGUCAGCACGAUGCUUCGGAUCCUAGGUCCUGUCAAAUGUCCGUCCGUGUUGACGGGAGCCGCAUCGACGGGCGGCUUCGCUCCGGAGAACAGGCACGAUGGAUCUCACACCGGACCCUACGCUCCAACAGUAGCACCGUAGCUGGGCAUUAUAUCCGUGUUUUGGAGGAGCAGGCUGUGUCCAUGGUGUUUUGGUGCGCGGCUCUGAGCGCGGAAAGAGGUAAACACCUCCGUCUUCCCAACCGCCAUGAUGGAGUCGUCCGUUCAGGACAAGGCCUUGCCCUUGAUGAUCGAGGUGGCCCAUAA